AUGCACACCUUUUGGUAUAACAAACUGUGAAUAGAUUUUUAAAAAAGGUCACCUAAUUCUGAUUCAUUGGUUUCAUGUUUAAAUAAUAUAAAAAAGCAUAGAUAACAACAAUGGAAGCAACCUUGCUCACGUUAAUGUGGUACGAUUACUUUAUUUUUAUCCUGAUCCUGCUUUUCAGUUUGUUAAUUGGGAUUUACUUUGGCUAUUUUUCUAAAAGCAAACAAUCAAAUCCCUCGAAGUAUUUGCAAGGAACAAGCAAGAUGAAAGCAUUCCCUGUUGCCAUUUCCCUAAUUGCGGGUAAUGGUUCGCCUACUACAAUUUUAGGAUAUUCUUCCGAAGUGUACAGCUAUGGUGCAUAUAUUUUGUUAGGCGCUUUCAGUUAUAUUCUAGUGUUUCUCGCAAACCGAUUCGUUUAUUUGCCAGUUUUGUACAAUUUGGAUAUUUCUACGUCUUAUGAAUAUUUAGAGAAAAGAUUUGAUAGGAGAUGUAGACGGUUGGCGUCGGUCCUUUUUAUUAUGGCUUGCUCCUUUUAUCUUUCUAUGACAAUGUAUUCACCAGCCCUUGCCCUCUCUGCAGUUACGGGCUUCAAGUUACACCUCAUUACAAUUUUCGUUAGUAGUAUUUGCAUUUUUUACACAAGUAUUGGAGGCUUUAAAACUGUAAUUUGGACAGACGUACUCCAGUAUAUGGUAGUGGCCGUAACUUUGAUAAUUGUUUUGGGACUUGGGAUAAGAUCGAAAGACGGUUUAGCGGAGGUUUGGCAUAAAGGUAUCACUAGUGGAAGGCUAGAUAUUUUGAAACUUGAUCCAAACCCAACAAUACAUGAUAGUUUCUGGGUCAUGCUGAUUGGUUACACCAUAGAUUUGACUGCCAUUACUUGUGUUGACCAAGUUUGUGUUCAAAAGAUGCGGUCUUUGCGUAGUUUUAAAGAGGCCACGAAAGCAUUUAUUGGCUUCUUGAUAGGAGACUUUCUUAUGAUCGUAACUUAUGUUUCUCUUGGACUGACAAUGUACGCUAGAUAUGCAAACUGCGAUCCUUACAAAGCAGGUUUCAUAGAAUCUCCAGACCAGUUACUGCCAUAUUUUGUGUUAGACAUGGGGAAAAGGGUCCCAGGUGUGACUGGAAUUUUUAUUGCUGCAAUGUUUUGCUCAAGCUUAAGUGUUCAAUCAGCAAUGCUAAACUCUAUAGCGAGUUCCCUUUACUCAGACAUAUUUAGUAAAUUUUUGGGGAAUAUUUCGGAACGCAAAGCUGGCAAGACUUUGAAACUCAUUGUUGUUGGAGUAGGAAUUGUCUGUGCUCUUAUAGUUUUCGUGAUACAUCAAACAAAAACAAUUUUUGGGUUUAUUCUAAUGAUACUGGGAGUUUUGUGUGGUCCAAUUUUAGGCAUAUUUUCCGCCGGACUUUUUUUCCCAAAAGUUAACGCCACCGGUGCUUUCUACGGGACUGUGUUAGCUCUUAUUGUUGGACUGAGUAUAGCUUGUCCCGCUACUUAUUAUCAGAUGAAUAAUAUGAUAAAACAUCCCUUAAAACCGCUUUCAACCAAUGGAUGUUACUCAUUCAAUCAAACUACACCAACUAGCUUUUGGUUGAAUGAAACUAUAAAUAAUCCAGCCGAUACAUACAAGGCGCCAUUCAUAUUUCGAAUUUCCUUUUUUUAUUUUUCCACUAUUUGUGUUGGUGUAGCUAUAAUUUCAGCUUUAGUUAUUAGUUAUGUGACAAACAAAAAUGAUCCAGUCGUAGUCCAAAAGGAGCUCAUCAGUCCUGUUUGUCGAUUUUUAUUAGAUAAGAAACAAAAUGAACAUCAUAAAUCUGUAAAAUAUUCGAAUGUCGACACAUCCACUGAAUAAUAUUUUUUUUA